AUGGCGGACGGCUCGCAGAAUUUAGUUCCUAACUCGGUUCAAAACAAACCAAAUACAAGCGGAAUUUCGGGAAGUCAGCCAGCGACAAGUCAACCCACAGCUUCUAAUACAGCUGCGGCAACUGUGUCCCAUGUGGAUACUAAAGUCAGAAACGCUGGUGCUUCUUUGGCGGAGUUUUUAACCCAGUUGGAUGACUACACACCGACGGUAUAGAAGUUAAAUAGUUAUGCUGAUUAUUUUUCAGUUUUUGUUUGUGUCUAAUGUAAUGACUGAAUUUUUGUAUUAGUGAAUCUUGGCUUCGUCUAAAUACAUAGAAAUGCAAGAAGCGUAGCUGAUAGCUAGCUGUUUCGUUGAUAAGACGUGAUUGUCCAAAUUUUCUUUUGAGCAAAACAAGGGCUUAGGUCAGGGGUAAUCCGGGGCAAGAUUUCCGCACAUAAUUCAUACAGGUCUUACAUAGAGAGAACAAAAUGUCAUAUACAGAAUACAGGGCGACUUAUUUACAUUUCAUUGAAUCACUAUACAUCCUUUUAUGUUCUGCCUUGUUCUUCAAAGCAUGCCGACUAGGCGGACCUUAAUGGCCCCUGUUCCCACUCAACCAACCAAGCAGAACUGAGUGUUUGCUUCUAAUUUUUCCGUACAGACCUUUUAGCCACAGAUUCCUUCCCCUCUCAUCAAAAAGAAAGGCUAAGUUGGCCUACAGGAUAAAAAAUUCCAAGCUUAUGUUAUAAAGCAUUCUUUUUCAAUGAUUUCUUAGAUACCAGAUGCUGUAACAGCAUUUUAUUUAAAUCGUGCAGGAUUUGACUCCACAGACCCAAGAGUGUAAGUUGAAUUGGAAUCAGUUAUCUUGGGGGUAUGAUGCUUUUUAGAAGUACAAGAAUUGUGUUUGUAAAUGGAUAAGAAAGAUGAUAAAUUUUGAGUCUGAAUGAACUGAGAUGUUGUUAAUUCAUCACCAGCAUGUAAUGAGGUAAAACAAAGAGUUACUAAACAGGUUUUGAACCAAAGACCUAGAGACUUCACAAUCUGAUGCUCUACUAAAGUAUUACUCAUACUCAAAAUUUACCAGUGGUAGAAGUGGUGAUUGCGCAUAAGGGUGCUUGUCUCUAGUCUUCAAAUAUUAGGGACCUGGUGAAGUUACUUCUUUUAGUUCUCAGGCAAAAAUUUUGCUUUCUCUCUCUACUCAGGAGUAUGAGCAGGUACUGGCAAACCAUUUAGAGAAUCUGAUGAAAUGUUGAUGUGGGAGGGGGGGGUAACAAAAGAUGAGGUAGCAUUCUAUCCAGAGGGGAGUAGAUGAUUGCUAAUUUGUAUCUUUUUGGGUGUUCUUCAUCCUCUGUAAUUCCUUUAACUGCUGGGUUAUUGACUAGCGCAACUUUCCUUUCACUGCAGAGUGAGGAUGAUUUCUCUUGCUGCACAGAAGUUUAUAUCAGAUAUUGCUAAUGAUGCUCUGCAGCACUGUAAGAUGAGGGGGUCAGGCCAGAGUUCAAGAAAAUCUGGCAAAGUAAGUUCUGUAACAAUUUUAAUUCAUGCACUUAUUCUUAGUUUAUUCAUACUAAUUAAGUCAACAUACAAAGUGUUACUCCUUUAUCUGCUUGCAGAAGGCUUUUGUGAGGCAGUUGAUGGAUCACAACUUGCUUGAUUUUGUGACUGACAUUAUCUGGUUGUGAAUACAUCUUUCUCAUCAACAAGUAAUUAAUUGGACAACAGAUGAAUUCACAACAAACAUAAUUAACUUCUUGAGAAAAUUGAGUAAAAUUUGUUUGUAUUUUGCAGGACAAGCGUUAUACAUUAACCAUGGAAGACUUGACCCCAGCACUUAGUGAAUAUGGAAUAACUGCCAGAAAACCUCCAUACUUUAUUUAAUGUAACUUUAUCAUACCCAUGUAAAUAUGGUAAAUUGAUUAUUAAUGAACUGUAGACUUCUCUUUGUUGAAUGGAAAGAAAUUUAUAGGCAAUAAAGUGCAUUUUGUAAUGUUAGUGAUGUUGGGUACAGGGAAAUGGCAUUACUUGACAAUUAAUUCCACACCCUUGGACAAAAAUCUGUCUUGGAGUCAACCCUUUAUUUUUUUCAAGAGGAUUCAGGAUUUGAACAUUGAAAUAUUGUAAGAAUAAAGGCUUGCUUUUUAGAAUCAGUAAGGGAAUAAGCCCAAGCAGGGUGGAACAAUGAGCAGACUCAAGCCAGAAAUUUACAACCUUCGGCAAGAAUGCUCUUCUAAAUAAUUAAAAACAUUUAAAAAUUGAAUUUUACCUGCUAAUGCCAGGAAGAGAGAUAUCUCUCAGGGGAAAUAGAACUACCUUUUCCC